UCAGAAAUUGUGUUUUAAUCAUGAAAAAAAAGUUUCAAAUGAUUACCUGAUUAUUUAAUUAGUUGUUGGUUAAUUUAGUAAUUUUGACGUGUUUUAACAGGAGGAGCAGCACAGGUUUCACUGAUCACAUUAAUGAUGGCUGUGUUCAGUUCAUGUAAGUGAGCACAAUGUGACUGUGAAUCACCCUCUGUGAACCCCGAAACUGUGGAGGCUCGGUGGAAGACUGCCAUCGUUUACAGUAUGUAGGGUAUUGUUAAACCUUUGAUUUUUAUCACUGGGAUCUGUUCAAAUGUUCCACUCAGUUUCAAAACUGGGUCAUUGUAUUACCUUUUUCAUGUCAGUGUGGGCGACAGCUGAGGCCAAGGGCAUUGUGGUUUUAAGUUGCACCUGCAUCCAUUCUUGUGACUCAUCUAAGAACAUCUUAAAAAAUCCUCUUUUUAGUUUGGCACAAAUGUUCAUUUGGACUGGAGGCUGAAGUAGUUUGAUCACAGUGGUCAAAAGUUAAUGUUUGCUGUGACAUUUUCUUAACGACACCUUUAGAGAAUCCGCUCUUGUAACCUUUUUGGCCUUUUGAACAUUCUAUUCCUUCAACAUGCACAUGUUUGCAAAGGAAUUGUGUUCUUAGAAGCUGGGCUUGGACCUUCAGAUGUGUCCCAGGAGAUUUUUUUUUUUUAGAUGUAUAUUUGUACAUGAAGAAGUUGUAAUUAUUCAUUGCAUGCAUUUCAAAAUAAUAUUGAUUACAGAAACGGCAGUAAAACCAUCAAGGUUAUACAGUAUUAUGUAUAUACUGUAUAUUGUGAAUUGGGUCCCCAAAUUACCAGCCGUAUCCCCGUCCCUCUAAAGGGGCCCCACGUCAAUCCCAGUAUCCUACCUCACGUUAACCUGUGUGAAGUUAUCGUUCUGCAAGUUAGAAAGAAGUUGAGGUAAAAUGAAGAGAAAGAGGAAAAAAGACAAAGGAUCAUUACUUAAAGUUGUCACCACAAAUAAAAACCUUCCAGCAGCAUCCACCUCCAGUGGAAUAGUGGCCACUCAACCUUCUGGUGGUCAUGAGCAGGAAGAGGCACAUUGAGCACCCACACCCACAAUUUCGGAAACGUCCACCUCCAGCACGACAGCAAAUCCUAACCUUCAUCAUGCUGCAUCACCUACUACUACAGCAGUUGUCCAUCACAGCCACCAUGGUUCACAGCAGCAGUAUCUGCAGACUGUUCCUGCUGGUGGUCCUCAGCCUCCUGGUUGCCUUCAUACACACAGACACUGUUGCAGACACUGUCUUAACAACCAGGGACAACCAGGACACUAUGUCCGGAGAGCCGCCCAGCGACGUCACCACCAAAGACCCCUUUCAAGACAUGACAGAGCAGUCCUUCACCAUCGACUACAUCACACACUCUCUGACCAUAGACGAGGACAAAGGAGUGCUGGGGCCAGGAGCCAUCACAGCCAUUGUUAUAGCAGUGUCCCUGGGAGCAUCUGUCCUCCUCGCCCUCAUCGUCAUCACAUUGAGAAAGUUCACCGCAUCCUAGAGUGUGUGUGUGUGUGUGUGUGUGAGUGUGUUUAUAUGGCGUGAGUAAAUGUCUAUGAGUUGGAUGUGAGGACACGUUGUUUAGUUUCAAACCAUCAUUGUGAGGACACGUUGACACUGUGAGGACAUAUUAAUAGGUCCUCGCAAAUGUAAGGGUCUUUUGAUGGCUGAGGGCUUUGGUUUUAGGUUUAAGGAUAGAAUUAGGCUUAGGUUAAGGUCAGGGGUUACAGUCAGAGUUUGGCCAGUGAUUCCUGAAGUCUAGGCUGUGCCCCCUGUAGGCCGUGUAGGUACUGCAGAUGGACUUUGAGAGAUCAUUAAAAUAUAAAUAAAAAACAUUUUCAGUGUUGUAAGUAUCAAAUGACCACAAUAGUUUAAUCUGAAGAAAUAAUCAGAUGUUAAUAAAUCAGAGCUAUGGAAUUCUUAUUUUUUAAAUCAGAUUUUAUGCCUACAAAUCAAAACCAAUGGAAUUUGUCUUUAUGUGCCGAACCCUAACCCUUAAUACAUUUUUUUUUUUAAUUUUCUAAAUUCAAAUGUGGCUGUUGUUAGGUUGAGGAAUGGCUGGUUCAGGCAUUUACUUAGCUUGGCUCGUGUCUUCACAGCUGUGUGUGUAUGUGUGCGUGUGUCACCUCAUUCUUUUGACUCCUUCCUCAUCUUCUUUGCAAAGAUGAGUCGUGACUCUGUGCUUUGCCGUAGAUGCUGAAAACUGUGGCAGGUCCCUCCUCAAAUGGACUAUUUACAGAUUUCCCCCUGUAAACACACACACACAGUAACAUGUCUACUUUAUUCCUGAUGAUUUAAUGUUAGAAACUGGCUGGCUGUUCCAGUGGAAACUGAACCAUGUCCAUACAACCCCCAACCCAUUAUGCAAGCUCUGUUUGCCUUUGAAUGUUUGUCACCCGUUUUGAUUUCUUGGCUUGAGAGCUUGGUGCAAAAUGUGCUGCAUGUGUUUGUACACGAAGUGUGAGUGUGUGUGUUUGUUUGAACACACUGAAGAGUAUUUAGUCUUUCACAAUGAUUUUUUAAAAAAAAAACAUGUUAAUAGAACAUUGUCCCAGGUGUCACCCAUGGACAUGUUUUCCAUGUACAAACAUUUGUGGAGACAAAAUCAGAUGAAACAUCUUUUUAUAAGUUUACAGUAAAUAUGUGUGAGCGUGCAUGAAUGUGGGACGUGCACUGAACUGAGUGUGUGUGCGGAAACUUACAUAAGGGGAAACUUAUGUUCGUGAAAUAGUCUUGUGCUCUGUGCAUAAAAGUAAAAUGAAUGCACAAUAUGAUGAUUUUUGAUUAAUCCAGAACCCUUCUAAUUGUUCAUGUUGUUUUCUCUCUUUUUUCUUCUUUUUUUUCGGGGGAUGUUGCCAUGGUAAUUUCACUGCCCAAUGUUUUUCCAUUAUCAUUAGUAUUAUUAUUAUUGUUAUUAUUAUUUUACUUUGAUAUGCAAAUUGAAUAAGUUAAUACAAUAAACCUGGAGCCAAAUGUCA